AUGGCUCUCUCAAAAAAACGUUGCUAUCCAGCAGGUUUCGAUAUUACUAUAAACGAUGAACAACUGAAUUCUAUCGUGGAACACUGGCCCCGCUUCAUCACACUUGAAGCACAACUAUCAGACCAACAUACGAAGCCUUUAACAAAGGUAUCGCCAUUUGUCAUUCAAAAAGGUAUUCAAGGAAUCAUUGGUACUCCUAAAUCUAUUAAAAAGUUGAGAUCCGGUGCUCUUCUUCUUGAAGUAAACAAAAAACAACAAUCAACUUCUUUGUUAGAUUUGAAAAUGCUUGCCAAUAUUCCUGUUGUUGGUAAAAUCCACAGUGGAUUGAAUCAGAGCAAAGGUAUCCUUUUCGACAGGGAUCACGACCUGGAUGAUAUUCCUGAACAGGAAAUCCAAUCUGAGUUGGAAUCCCAGGGAGUGGUCUCUGUGAAAAGGUUUACCAAAAAGCGUAAUGACAACAUAGAACCAACAAAUACCUACCUUCUGACCUUUGGCAUACCAAUAUUACCGACAAGUAUUAAAGUUGGGCUUUAUAAUAUGAAAGUCGAAAUGUUCGUUCCAAAUCCUCUGCGUUGUUUUAAAUGUCAGAGGUUUGGACACGGACAAUCCAAUUAUAAAAGUUCUGAAACAUGCUUCAGGUGUGGUGAGGAGGGGCAUGAUGGUAAAGGUUGCCAUAACGACCCCAAAUGCAAAAACUGCAAGGGCGGGCAUAUGGCUUCCUCCAAACACUGCCCUAUGUGGAAAAAAGAGAAAGAAAUACAAAAGGUCAAAGCUGAAAAAGGAUACCUUAUCCAGAGGCCAAAAAAUUGGUAA